CGUCACUGACGCAAACAGAUCGCGCCGGAAGUGCCUGGUGUGGCGCUGGAAACGUGCUGUGGCCGGGAGACGGAGGGGAAUGAUCCGGGGGCCAUGGCGAGCCCCGCUGUACACUUCAAAACAAACUAUGCUGUUUCCAGCAAGAUUGAACCAUUUUACAAAGGAGGAAAAGUACAGAUAAAUAAAGAUGGAACGUACAUGUUCUGUACUUGUGGAACGAAGGUUAAUAUCGUUGAUAUCGGAACAGGAAAGGUGACAAGGAGUAUUGAACAGGAGGAUCAAGAAGACAUUACCUGCUUCAGUAUCAGCCCUGAUGAUGAGAUAUUGGUGACAAGUAGUCGUGCCUUACUCCUGAAACAGUGGGAUUGGAAAGAGAAUGCUUGUACACGUACUUGGAAAGCUAUUCACACUAGUCCAGUGGCGAGCAUGGCUUUUGAUUCUACCUCAACGUUAUUGGCUACAGGAGGAUGUGAUAGCACAAUCAAGAUUUGGGAUGUCAUCAAGCAGUACUGCACGCACAAUCUGAAGGGUUCCUCUGGAGUGGUUCACUUGGUUGAAUUUCAUCCUGACAUAUCACGUCUUCAGCUGUUUUCCUCUUCGAUGGACUAUAAGAUACGGCUCUGGAACCUCAGCACCAGUAAAUGUAUGAUGGUGCUGGAUGCUCACUACAGCACUGUGACUUCCCUGGCAUUUACUUCAGAUGGAAAUACACUUGUCAGCUCCGGCCGAGAUAAAAUCUAUAUUGUAUGGGACUUGAAAACAUACAAAUCAGAGAGAACAGUUCCUGUGUAUGAGACUGUGGAAGCAGUAGUGUUACUACCGGAGAACGAAGAUUUCACUGCCUUGGGAGUGACGGGCAAAGAACCUCACUUUAUCACAGCAGGCAGUAAAGGGAUCCUCCGAGUUUGGGAAGCUUACUCUGGAAGAUGCGUGUACUCACAGUGUGUGCCUGGUAAACUUCAGAAAGAUACUGAAGGGGAUGCGGAUGAGCAAUCUCUGACCCACUGUGCCAUUGUUCCAGCAACGCAGAAACUAACCACAGUAACUGCUGAACACAAUAUUCUCACCUAUGACCUAUGCACUUUGAACCUUACGCGCCAGUUUGUAGGUUAUAAUGAUGAGGUGCUGGAUGUAAAAUUUUUGGGUCUAUCUGACACACACAUUGUUGUGGCCACCAACAGCCCACAGCUGAAAGUAUUUGAGCUUGCAACGUUAAAUUGUCAAAUUCUAUAUGGACACACAGAUACCGUAUUAGCCCUGGAUGUGUUUAAGAAAGGCACCAAAUUUGCCAGUUGUUCAAAGGACAAAACCGUUCGAAUCUGGAAAAUGAGUAAAACGACUGGAGAAGUGAACUGUGUGGCACAAGGCCUAGGACAUGCCCACAGCAUCGGUAUUAUUUCUUGCUCACGAUUGAAAGAAGGCUUCAUUAUCAGUGGGAGCCAGGACUGCACCCUAAAGCUGUGGAAUCUUACAAAGUCCAUUGAGGUUAACAGUAAGAAAGCCGCAGAACAUGAAAUCUUUCAUGCUGAGUUGACUGAGAAAGUUCACGACAAGGAUAUAAACAGUGUGGUAGUCUCUCCAAAUGACAAGCUGGUGGCUACCGGCUCACAGGACAGAACAGCAAAGCUCUGGUCCACGUCUGAUUUCUCACUCAUCGGAGUGUUUCGAGGUCACACCCGUGGAAUUUGGUCGGUCCAGUUUUCUCCGAUGGACCAGAUCCUAGCUACCUCUUCAGCAGAUGGCACUGUCAAACUCUGGGGACUUCAGGACUUCAACUGCUUAAAGACAUUUGAAGGCCAUGAUGCUUCUGUACUGAAAACAGUUUUCGUGAGUCGUGGAACUCAGCUGUUGACAAGCGCAUCUGAUGGCUUGCUGAAACUGUGGACCAUCAAAACUAAUGAAUGUGUUAAAACAUUAGACGCCCAUGAGAAUAAGGUGUGGGGGCUCCACUGUAAUAAGAAAGAUGAUAUGGUCGUCUCUGGAGCCACAGACUCGUGUAUAAUUAUCUGGAAGGAUGUGACAGAGAUAGAGCUUGCUGAAGAGCAGGCCAAACAGGAAGACCAGAUUUUGAAGCACCAAGAAUUAUCUAAUUUAUUGCAAGAGAAGAAAUAUGUGAAGGCUUUGGGAUUGGCAAUUUCUUUGGACCAACCUCAGACUGUGCUUACGGUAAUUAAAGCUAUACUUGGUGAAGCUAAGGGACGUGAAAGGCUGGAAUCAACAAUCCUCAAGUUGCGACAAGAUCAGAAAGAGUCUGUGUUAAAGUUCUGCACUGUAUGGAACACAAAUUCUAAACACUGUCAUGAAGCUCAGUCUGUUGUCCAGAUCCUCCUACAAAAUGAAACUCCUGAGCAACUUCUUCAAUACAAUGGGAUUAAAGGUGCUUUGGAAGGAUUAAUCCCUUAUACUGAGCGACAUUUCCAGAGGGUGAAUAGACUGUUGCAGGCCUCAAUGUUUCUGGACUAUAUGUGGCAGAGUAUGAGACUGACUGGAGGGUCCUGUGACUCAGACAUACACAUUGGGGGCAUGGAGAUUGACCCGUUCUUUUCAAUGGACAAAGCAGCCAUUGGGGCCGGAAAAGCUGCAAUUAUUCCAGGAUCCGAUUGCCCCCAGGGGAGCAAGAAGCAGGAGGUUGGGAAAAAUGCGGAUAUUGACAGUGACAGUAGUGCAUCAAACAGUGGAAAUGGCCACAAGCAAAAACACCUGCUGUCAGCUUGUGAGCACCUCAAAGAGAAUUUGGAGCCCGCAGCAGAAAGUCAGAGUGAUUCAGAGGAAGACAGAAAAUCCGGUGAACAAAGAGCAAAGACACCUGUAAGAAAAAUAAAGCAAACACCGGCCAGUGUGAGGAAGAAAACAAAAUCUCUCCCAAUGAAUUGAUGCUGUGACAGUGUGCCUGACAUGCUGUCAUCUUUUGGAUGUUCUGUAAACUCCCUUUGUUAAUUGAUGUACGUUUGAUGAAAUUGAUCUGACUUUGAAGCCAUAUGAUAUAACAAGUAGAGAUUUAAGGCACGUAUAUUCUGAGUUACAAAUUCUUUGUUACUGUGAGAGCAGCAGUAUUGCCUUUUUAUAAAACAAAAGACUGGUUUUAUAUUUGAGAACGGAAAUUUAUAAUAAAGUCUCCAUAAUGCUAAACACUUAUUUAAUUCCCACGUAAUCAUCACUGGAUAAAAGUGCUGAUAAUGUUGUAAAAACUAUUUAAGUACAGUGUUAGUAUCGCCCAUAUAAACUUGCUUUCGUAAUACUGAAUAAAUCUUUUACAGUUUCUCUUCAUAAUUAUCAA